GAUAAUUUGCGUUUAUUAAAAUUUGUCCGCUACAGAUGCCCUAUAACAGCAACAGCGCAAUUAGUUCAUAAUUGGCUAAAAGGAUCAACAUGAUUAUCUGACAAGCGAAUAAAAUUAAACCAGAACAUUAUACAGAAGUCCUAUUUAUUAAAUCCAUGCAGACAAUCCCCGAUAAUGAUACUGACAAAAAAAGGUACCUAAUAAAAAAGUUACUUAGUUAUGUGAAACAUAAAGAAAAUACAUUGGGUAGUAAUCAACUUGGGACAUCUGGCAAGCUUAUUCUUUUUAAGGUAUAUAUUUUUAAAAAAUUUAUUCAUUUCCGUUGAAAAAUUUAAAUCGGGUACGAAAUAUUAAAAUAUUCACGCAAUGUACAUAUAGGUAUUCCUUUCUAAAAAGGUUCAUAUUUUGUUUAGGUUUGGAAUGAAUAAUUUCAAAAAUAAAACUAAUAAUUAUCAUAAAUGGAAAAUUGAGAUACAAAUAUAUUUUACUUUCGAUUAUGUUAAAGCCACAACAAAAUUUUUGCAUACAAAAUGUAUACGUUGAGCAAUGAGUUUCAAUGCACACAAUUGUCCAAUACUGACGGGUAGAAUAUUUUUAAUGCGCAGACUCCUUGCGUGGCUUGUAUAAAAUAUGGACUUUCGAGCACAAAUUUUCAGUUCGAAAAUGAGUGAAAAAAGUUAGCUGAAAGCUUUUAUUUUCGGCUACUCCACUAAACUAGACGACGCCGAAAAAUCUUCUGCCAGUAUUGAAUUUGUUUCUCAAUCCAGUGGACGUUCUCGAAAUUGUUGUAACUAUUCGCGUAGUACUUAAUGUACAUACGUACAUACAUAUAUUUCUGUGAACAACUGAAACUUCAACUGCUAAAAAGCGUAUACAUAUGUAUGCAUGUACAUGCAAUACGUACUAAAAAGUAUUCAUAGACGCUUGAUCACGAUUUGCAGUCGCAAUAGAUUUUCUUAAGUGUGCCAUCGCGAUGGCUGCACCCGCAGCCUGUACGCGUUUCUCCGACAACUACGACAUCAAAGAAGAACUGGGAAAAGGGGCAUUCUCUAUUGUUAAAAGAUGUGUCCAAAAAUCAACAGGAUUUGAAUUUGCAGCAAAAAUUAUAAAUACUAAAAAAUUGACAGCAAGAGACUUUCAAAAACUAGAGAGGGAGGCAAGGAUAUGUAGAAAACUACACCAUCCCAACAUUGUGCGUUUGCAUGACAGUAUUCAAGAGGAGAACUAUCACUACCUGGUAUUUGAUCUGGUAACUGGUGGUGAACUUUUCGAAGAUAUUGUUGCACGUGAAUUUUAUUCAGAGGCGGAUGCAUCACAUUGUAUUCAACAAAUAUUGGAAUCAGUCAAUCACUGCCAUCAAAAUGGUGUGGUGCACCGGGAUCUGAAACCAGAGAAUUUACUAUUAGCUAGUAAGGCAAAGGGUGCAGCUGUUAAACUUGCUGACUUUGGCCUUGCUAUUGAAGUUCAAGGCGAUCAUCAGGCAUGGUUUGGAUUCGCUGGAACUCCCGGUUAUCUCUCACCAGAGGUUUUGAAAAAGGAGCCCUAUGGAAAAUCGGUAGAUAUAUGGGCAUGCGGAGUUAUUCUCUACAUACUUUUGGUUGGUUAUCCACCUUUCUGGGACGAAGAUCAACAUAGAUUGUACUCUCAGAUAAAAGCUGGAGCUUAUGACUAUCCUUCACCAGAGUGGGAUACUGUGACGCCAGAAGCUAAAAAUCUUAUAAAUCAAAUGCUAACUGUAAAUCCAAAUAAAAGAAUAACUGCUGCCGAGGCUUUGAAGCAUCCAUGGAUUUGUCAACGAGAGCGUGUUGCGUCUGUUGUACACCGUCAAGAAACAGUAGACUGUCUUAAAAAGUUCAAUGCACGGCGCAAACUUAAGGGAGCAAUACUUACAACGAUGCUAGCUACUAGAAAUUUUUCAAGUAGAAGCAUGAUCACCAAAAAAGGUGACGGGUCUCAAGUCAAAGAGUCAACCGACUCUUCUAGCACAACUCUAGAAGAUGAUGACAUAAAAGAAGAUAAAAAAGCAAUCGUGGAUCGCAGUACCACAGUCAUAUCAAAAGAGCCAGAAGGUAAAUAUAUAAGGAUACUGUGUCCUGCAAAAACUUGCCAGCAAAUUUCGGGAAGCUCUCAGUGCUCUUCAGCAGCCAGACGUCAAGAAAUUAUAAAGAUAACGGAACAGUUGAUAGAAGCCAUUAACAGCGGCGAUUUUGAUGGAUACACAAAAAUUUGUGACCCGCAUCUAACUGCUUUUGAACCAGAAGCAUUGGGAAAUCUUGUGGAAGGAAUUGAUUUUCACAAAUUUUAUUUUGAAAAUGUUCUUGGUAAAAAUUGCAAGGCCAUUAACACUACUAUAUUGAACCCUCAUGUGCACUUAUUGGGCGAAGAAGCUGCUUGCAUUGCAUAUGUAAGACUCACGCAAUAUAUUGACAAACAAGGACAUGCACAUACUCAUCAGUCGGAGGAAACGCGGGUCUGGCACAAACGAGAUAAUAAAUGGCAGAACGUUCAUUUUCACCGAAGCGCAUCUGCUAAAAUAAGUGGUGCUACUACAUUCGAUUUUGUUUCCCAAAAAUAGGUGGUAUUUUUCCGGCGGGAAAAUAAUUUUUGAAGUCUAAAUUUUCUUAUUCUAAUAAUCUGAUCCCUUUUUAUUGUAUUUUAACAAAAGUUAUGAUUUAUUCUUUGUUACAACUCUUAAAAUAAAAUUUAAAGCGUA